CACCACGUAAAAAAAAGUCAGGUCUAAUGUUUAAAAGGAACUUUUUUUUAUUGAGUCGGAUGCUUCAGAGUUUGUAAUCAAAACUUUUUUUUUUGCCAAGAGUGUUAAAAUGGCUUGGAUAUGGACUUUAACUUUUAAUUACUUCUUUGUAGUACUCUGGACACCAUCUGCAACAAAAGAAAAGGUUACGGUAUAUGAGAUGUCUGAAAAAUUGCAAAAUACAAUUGUUAAGCAGCAUAAUAAUUUUAGAAAACAAGUAAAUCCAAGUGCAAGGAAUAUGGUUAAAAUGAUGUGGAGUCCAGAGAUUGCCUUAAAUGCAUACAAAAUGGCUAAGAGUUGUAAACUGCAUCAUAGUUCACAUGAUGAACUGCAAAUUUUAAAUUACACUUGUGGGGAGAAUAUCUACAUCGCUACUAGGAAGAACUCCUGGCACAGGGCUAUCCAAAUGUGGCAUGAUGAGCACAAACAUUUUAAGUAUGGAGUUGGAGCAAUAAACAACUUUGUAACUGGCCAUUACACUCAGGUUGUCUGGUUUAUUUCUUUUUUGAUCGGGUGUUCUUUUGCCAAGUGUGGAACAUCAAAUCCAAAGUAUUUGUAUGUUUGUCAAUACUGCCCAGGAGGAAAUACAAAUGAUGACACUCCAUACAAAGAAGGAAUGCCUUGUGCUGACUGCCUGGAGUCUUGUGAAGACAGACUGUGUACCAAUCCUUGCAUAUACCAGGACAAGUACAGCAACUGUGAAGAGGAGAGCAAAAAAUAUGGAUGUGAUGAUUCCUUAAAUGAAGACUGCCCAGCAACAUGUAGCUGUGAAAAUGAAAUCAAAUAGUUUUUUGAGCUGUUGGCAAGGCAGCACAACUGCUGUUACUAUUUAGAAAACAAUUGUAAUGUAAAUCAUUUUUUAUUUUUAAAGCCGAAUUAAGAAGAAUAGUAAUUAAAAUUGCAAAUCAAGUACAAACUGAUUUAAUGGUGAUCAUGUACUACUUGUGAUUGUGUUUACCUAGAUGAUUCAGUGUUGUAAAGCUAAAUGUCUUUUCUGAUGGAAAAAUCACUUCACUAAAAUGGAACAUUUGAAUAAGUAAUUCUAAAAUAUACCAGCAAUAAAUCUUCUCCA